CUGAUAUCCACCUGAGUAUCAGAUCUUUAAUGCCUAGAAGUGAUUGUACUGAAGAAAGUAAACUUAUCAAUUAAAAACAAUUUGGCUUUGUAAUGCUUUUUCUCAACUCUUGUUUUUGUUCUCUGACUUUUAUCAAGUUUCCUUGCACUGGAAGGGAAAUAAUGCUCCAUUCUACACUGGCCUUGUCCCUCCUGCUAAUUGCAGUCACUUCCAACCUUGCCAUGGCAAUUAAAAAGGAAAAACGAGCGCCUCAGACCCUGUCAAGAGGGUGGGGAGAUGAAAUUACAUGGGUACAAACUUAUGAAGAAGGACUUUAUCAAGCAAAGAAAAGUAACAAGCCGCUGAUGGUAAUUCAUCAUUUGGAAGACUGUCAAUACUGCCAAGCACUGAAGAAAGCUUUCGCAGAAAAUGAAGAAAUACAGGAAAUGGCCCAAAAUAACUUCAUUAUGCUGAAUCUCAUGCAUGAAACUACAGACAAAAACCUGUCACCUGAUGGACAGUACGUGCCUCGAAUCAUGUUUGUAGACCCAUCUCUCACAGUAAGAGCUGAUAUCACAGGAAGAUACUCCAACCGGCUGUACACGUACGAGCCGCAGGACAUGAUGUUCCUAAUAGAGAACAUGAAGAAAGCACUACGCCUCAUUCAGACAGAACUGUAACCAGUAACAGUGAAAUGAGCAGAACCUCCACGAGAUUUGGCAAGAUUUCCCUGUCUGUGGUCAUACCCUCUUUUGAGCACGCCGGAGAUAUUCUGGAGAAAGGACUGCAAACUAGCUACCAGAGGGUAGCCACAGCAGCCAUUCACCUUCCUUUUCUCCAGGCUACACAACCUCUGCCACUCCUCCAGGAGCUUUGUGUUCCAGACCCUCCACCAGCUCCAUUGCCCUUCCCUGGAUGCGCUCCUGCCUUAUUGGCCUUGCCCCAACCCUUACCCAUAAACAUCAACCCUGCCAUCACCAUCACGAAGCUCUAGGU